AUGUUGGUACAAUUUAUUGAUAUAACCCCCUCGUAUCGCUAUGUUACUCCCCUUUUACUAGUGGCCUUGAUUGCCUGGCUUCUCCACAACAAAUAUGGCCACGGCAUCAAUUCAAUCCCAGGCCCGGUGGCGGCUUCUGUUACCAACCUAUGGAGAUUGGCCUUGGUCACAGGGCGCCGACCAGAACUAGAACAUAUAAAACUACAUCGAAAAUACGGCAGCAUCGUUCGUCUUGGUCCUAAUGUUGUCUCAGUGUCGGACCCAAAUGCUGUUAAGGUUAUAUACGCAAUAAAUGCGGGAUUUGUCAAGUCACACUUCUAUACGGUUCAGAAGCCCAUUGCACAAGAUGGCACUCCCCUUGAAGGCCUGUUCAGCACCACAGACGAGAAAUACCAUGCAAAACUGCGGAGAGCAAUAUCGAGUGCGUAUGCCAUGAGUACACUGGUCCAGUUUGAGCCUCUGGUGGACUCAACAACAACCAUAUUUCUCGACCAACUUUCAGCACGGUAUGCAAAUAAAGCCAACCCGGAUGAAGUAUGUGAUCUCGGUGCAUGGCUUCAGUAUUACGCCUUCGAUGUGAUCGGCGAACUUACGUUCUCGAGACGGCUGGGGUUUGUGGAUCGUGGAGUUGAUGUUGACGGCAUCAUUCAUGACCUUGAGAAGUUGUUAAAUUACUUUGCUUCGACCUUGCGACUUUCUUUCACGAUUCCUAGAAGCUGGAAAAAGGAUCCAGAAUUCAUGACAAGAGAUCGGAUUCUAACCAUGACGACAGCGAACAUGUUUGCCGGAUCUGACACAACCGCGAUCACACUCCGGUCCAUCUUCUACUACUUACUCCAAAAUCCCAAAUGCAUGCAGCGUUUGAUGGAAGAACUGCAGCAUGAAGAACAAGCGGGUCGCUUCAGCCGUGACGACGGGCUCCUAUCAUGGAAUGAAGUACGAGGCCUACCGUAUCUUGGUGCGGUAAUCAAGGAGGCACUCCGGUGCCAUCCUGCUGCUGGUCUCACCUUAGAGCGGGUUGUUCCUCCAGCUGGAAUAUCAAUUAAUGGACAUUUCCUUCCAGGGGGAACAAUCGUCGGCUGCAGCCCCUGGACGGUGCAUCUUGACGAGUCUGUUUUUGGGCAUAGGCCGGAUCAGUUCAGGCCUGAGAGAUGGCUAGACAUGCCAAAUGAGAAAGUAGCAGAGAUGAACAACACUCUAUUUACAUUUGGUGCCGGUUCCCGGACAUGUAUUGGGAAGAACAUCAGCCUGCUAGAAAUGCAUAAACUGGUUCCUACGGUUUUGCGGCGGUUCGAGAUCACACUUGCAAACCCCGAGGAGCCUUGGAAGUUGCAUAAUGCUUGGUUCGUGAAGCAAAGUGGGCUUCAUGUCCUGCUGAAGACAAGAACAGGAGAUGCUUCAUGA